UUCCGAUGGAUGAAGCCCAGGCUGCUCGGCUUGGGCUCUCUGAAGCGGCUGCUGCAGUGGCUGCUGUUGCUGCAGCUGUAAGGGACAGCCCGGAGGUGACCUCGGUCACCGUUAUGACUGGACCCGAAGGCAGAAGUGCAGCAGGAAGCGGGUACACAGAAGUCACAGUGUCCAGUGUCGGGGCCCCGGGAGAGAAUGUCUUCACGACGUCCGUGGCCAGCGCAGCCUCUCUUUCUGAGCACGUCCUCGGGGAGAGAGCGGCGCUGCAGAUUGGGGAUAGUCUCAGCACAGAGAAGGCCACUCUGAUUGUCGUGCACACCGACGGGAGUAUUGUGGAAACCCAGGACCUUAAGGUGCCAACAGACCCCAUGACACCAGGAUCAGAUGGCUCAUCCACUCCACUGUCGCCAGUUCCUGAGAAAGAUGGCACAAAAUACAACUGGGAUCCGUCUGUUUAUGAUAACGAGUUGCCUGUACGGUGUCGGAAUAUCAGUGGCAUCCUUUAUAAGAACCGUCUGGGAUCAGGUGGCAGAGGGCGCUGCGUGAAGCACAUGGAUGGCUGGUAUACACCUACUGAGUUUGAGGCUAUGGCUGGCAGGGCUAGCAGCAAGGAUUGGAAGAGGAGUAUUCGCUACGCAGGAAGACCACUGCAAUGCCUCAUUCAGGAUGGCCUGUUGACCCCUCAUGCUGCUUCCUGUACAUGCGCAGCCUGCUGUGAUGACCUGAGUCUGAGCGGCCCUGUGCGUCUCUUUGUCCCGUACAAGCGUCGUAAAAAGGAGGGCGAGAUACCAGCUGUCCCGGCAAAAAAAGACACGGCAAAAAACAUCACUCUCUUGCCUGCUACGGCAGCAACGACAUUCACGGUAUCAUCAUCCGGCCAGAUCACCGCCUCAGAAUCGCUUACAUUUGAGCGCGCAACCACAGCAGAGGCAUCAGCCAUCCUCUCUGACAGCCCACCGCAGGGAGACGUAUACACAGGGGCAACAGUGUUGACCUCUCUUCCUGCCCUGGCACUGGCACCAAGCACACCUACGAAAGAAUCUUCUCAAGGUGUAAAUGGACUGGAGGUAUCAGAUCAGCAAAGACACUGGAUGUACCUGGAGGAAAUGGUCAACUCUCUCAUUAGUACUGCUCAGCAACUUAAGUCCUACCUGGAACAAGCAAAGAAUGAAUCCGCAUCAGAAAGGAAAGAGUUUCCAAGUCAUUUGUUUCAGCACACAGAAGAAAUGGACGGAAAACAUGAAAUUCUCCUCAGGCAGUCCUGUGUUAAUUGCGGCAGAGAGGCCCUCAAUGAAUGUACCGGCUGUCACAAAGUCAAUUAUUGCUCCAUAUUCUGCCAGCGAAAGGACUGGAAGGAUCACCAACACCUUUGUGCACAAGCUUCUACGCUAUCAGUCCAUGCAGAAGAGGUCCAUGUCACAGACAAAGAGCCAAAAGCAUAAAACUAUUUUUUUGAAAGCAUAAAACUAAUUUUUUGACUAUACACUGUGUUGAGAAGAGUCAAGGAAUGGCCACCUACAUAGAUGAUGUGCUCCUGUCUGCCCUGUCAACUUGGUUAUAAUGGAAACUGUCUGGAAACUGUAAUCUCACACCAUGCAGACGAUCGCCUGUGGAAAUUCCAUCUUUAUAUUAGAAGAGAACUAUAGCUGCUGCAAGAUUUUGGUUAACUUCUGAUUUAAAUCAGACCAUAAAUACAUUUGUCAAAAAGAAUAGCCAUAGUAUCACUCUCAAGUCUAAAACUGGGAUUAAGUUGAUAUGGUGUCUAUGAAGACAAUAAUCUCAGUAUUAAUUAAAGGAUCUUAUAGAAGAACUAAAA